CGAAAGCUGAACCAAGACAAAACCAUCGAGUCCAUGACGAAGAUAUGUCGUCGCGGGAAGCCCCGCAGUCAGGGCAAGUGUGGUAGGUCCGGACACGAACUUUAGCUAGUCUAAUCAAGCGAGCUGUCAGCCCGAAAGUUGGACGGACGAGAUAGCAAGUGAAGAUUUCUAGAAGAACUCAAAAGCAGGCCAUUCCAACGUCAUUGACAAAGUAUGCGGCUCGCUCGUCUUUUCCCAGUUGAAUCUCCGAACCAGCAGCUAGCAGGCUGACAGGGUUAUGAGUUGAGGUCGGGUGAAGGGUGGGGUAGGUGGUAGAUACCUAGGUUGGUGAGGAGGUGAAUAGUGUGUUGGCCUUGGUACCUACCUUGUCCCUGUAUAGCGCGUCUACCUUGGCCAUUCUUGAGGCCCAGCUGUCGUGUCACAGGUACAGCGCUAGGGAGGGCUAGAAUCACCGCGGGCCGACUUGAUUGUGGUUUUGCAGGUCGAGAUGCACAGGAUGUGAAGAAUAGCGUUUGUUGGCGAUAUGCGUGGUUUCGAGGGGCAACGUUUAAGUUGUGGAUGUGGUCGGUGGAAAGAUGCCGCAACAAGCACUCACUUGGGAAUGGUUAGUGAAUUCACAAGACACCCAUGCAACGGGCGGGGCAAAAAAGCAAGUGUGAGUCCCGGAUUGGAGGCAUGAAUGGAAGCCAAUGAGAUAGAUGCUUGGUGGUGUUGGUGGUGGUGGCUGGCUUCUCGGACAGGAAGGCACCAUCAAGCAAGGUGCCUAUCGUGUAACGAUGAUGUUUGACGGAGGCGCAAGUGCAGGCUUGCAAUUAGCACUGAAGAUUGAUUCGCAGCGGUUUGCCAACUGUAUCAUUGAGGGCAGCUUGCACUCUGGUUAUUGCUCGUUGUUGGUGGUGAUUUGA